GGGGGUUAUUCAAGUUUAGAAAUUUUCGUAAGUCAAAAUUUAUAACAAACCCUUCCUCUAGCCUUCUUCUCCCCCAAUUGGACUACAAACCCUAAAACCAGUCCUUUAGAUCUUCUUGCCAAAGAUUCUCUUGGCAAAAAUUAUCUUUCCCUAGUUAAAAUGAAUCAACGACAUGUGCCCAUGGAUUAUUUGGACGUCGCAAGGCGAGGCUACAAGAAAGACAAGAACGCGUCUCUCUUCUGCGAGACACAUCCUUUCAUGUUAAACUCUCACGGGGUAUGGGAGAGAUUGAGUCUCAAGUCACGUGGGAUGAGUUUCUGGGAAUAUCCGCUCCCAAAUCUCGAGAUCAUAAUAUUUUCUACUUAUAUUCUUUGGCGGCUCUUCGAUUUCUCCUGCAACAAACUCGGUCUUCGAGUACCUAGAUUCACCUAUAUGUUGAUCGCAGGGGUAAUUUUAGGUCAAACUUGUCAUUUAAACAACAGCUCCUGGCUCCACAACAUAUUUUUCCCUGAUGAUAACCGACCAAAGGUCGCAGAGACUCUAGGCGCUUUCGGGUUCCUUUUAUAUUGGUUCCUGAAAGGCGUGACAAUGGAUGCUGGGAUGGCAUUGAGGAUGGGGAAAAAAGCAGGCGUGAUCGGGUUCAGCACAAUGUUUGUACCCUUGAUUUGUGGCAACUUUAUGUUUAGGUGGAGAUCUCGAAGAGGCAAUAUAAGUUUGUUAACGACGGAGUACAGGUUGAUCAUAUUCCUGCAAAGCAUAUCCGCGUUCACAAGCGUUGACACACUCUUAAAAGACCUCAAGAUCAAACACUCCGAGUUUGGUAGGAUCGCGCUUUCAGGGGCCAUGGUAACCGAUAUGUUGGCUUUUAUUAUAUCGUUUUUGAACGCCAUGCAUUGGGAAGGAUAUAAAGGAGUGAUCCAAACCUUAUGUGCCUGUUUGUAUUUUGCCUUUAUGAUCUACGCCGUGAGGCCGGCUAUGUAUUGGGUGAUACAGCAGACUCCAGAAGGGAGGCCGGUCAAGGAUAUUUACAUCUACUUGAUUUUGGCGCUCGCUUUCUUGUCCUUCAAAUUUUUUCAGAUGAUUGGACUUUUUGGAGCCGCGGGAUCGUUUGUUCUCGGCUUGACUGUUCCUGACGGAUAUCCUUUAGGAGCUGUUUUGGUUCAAAAGUUUGAGAGCUUUAAUCUUGGAGCUAUCUUCCCACUUUUUGGUUCAGUGAGCAUGAUGCAACUAGAUCUCUCAUGGUUGCUCAGAGAGUGUGGAAGUCUCGUACGGAGGGAGGGUGAACUUUAUGAGGUCGUUUCCUUUAUACUUUUUGUGAAUACCAUAAAAUUCAUUACUUCAACCGUGGCCGCUUUUGCUUUUAAAAUGCCCUUAAGAGACUCCUUUGCUCUAGCCCUUGUUCUUAAUAAUAAGGGGAUCUUCGAGCUCGCCUACUUCACGUAUGCAGUUGAAAUCAAGAGAAUAAGGCCAGAGAUUUUCACAGUCCUAGCUACAUUCAUCCUCUUGAACUCUAUCUUUAUACCAAUGGCCUUGGAGCUCGUCCAUGACCCAACCAAAAGAUUCAAAUGCUACCAAAAAAGGAAUUUGAUCAUCUUGAAAAAAGGCGCAGAGCUCCAAUCUCUUGUAUGCAUCUACAAACCUGAUCACAUAACUUCAAUGAUCAACCUUUUGGUCGGUUUAAACCCAUCACAAGAUUCGCCAAUGGCGUGCAACAUACUCCACCUCAUCGAGCUUGUGGGUCAAGCCAGUCCAAUGUUCAUUUCCCACCAGUUGCAACAACCAGAGCCCGGAAGUAUUUCUUGUUCUGACAGUGUCAUAACCUCCUUCCGUCGCUUCCACAAAGAAUUCUUUGACCAUACAUCAUUGGAUAUAUUCACUUCUGUCUCCAUGUUUAAACACAUGCAUGAGGAUAUUUGUUGGGUUGCAUUAUCCAGAAGCUUAUCUCUGAUUCUGCUUCCGUUCCAUCGAAUAUGGUCUGUUGAUCGAUCCUCGGUUAUCUCCAACGAUGAUAAGCUCAGAAUGAUCAACAUUAACGUCCUAAAACGAGCCCCUUGCUCUGUUGGAAUCUUCAUUUAUCGGAAACCCAUCAUUGAAUCUCAUAUGAGUGGGUACCAUAGCAAGAUCUGUUUAAUUUUUAACGGUGGAAAAGACGAUAGAGAGGCUUUGGCGAUAGCGCAUCGAAUGAGACUGACGGAAAAACGGAUAAGCCUAACUAUCAUAAGAUUCAUUCCAAAAUUUUUAGAAAUGGAGAACCAGGAGCUGGAGGAGACCAUCCAAAUGGUUAACCUGGAGGAGACCGUGACUAACAUUAUUGGGGAUAGCGUCCACGAAAAUGAUGACUGCGUGACAUAUAUUGAUAAAGCGGUUUCCGAUGGCUCGGAGACCUCCAAAAUCUUACGAGGAAUAGCACAUGAUUUCGACUUGUUCAUAGUCGGAAGAGGCAGCGGAGUAGGUACUGAGGCUACUAGUGGAAUCACUGAGUGGACAGAGUUCGACGAAUUGGGACCCCUUGGAGAUUUAUUAGCAUCACGUGAGUUUCCUUCUAGAGCAUCUGUGUUGGUUGUAAAAAAACAAGAAUACAUUCAUCAUACCAAAAGCCAAAAAUGGAUAUCUAAGUAAAGUUUGAUUUUGUAUUUGUCUACAUCAAAUAUUAGUUUUUAGGAUGUAUGAAAUAUAUAAAGUUUGGGGAGUACGAUGAUUCGUGUUUCUUCUGAAUAUGAUAACUUCAAGAUAUUGAUCACUUCUUCAAAAUUAC